AUGAGAGCGCCGCGGCGCGUGACAACGGCGCUGCUGCUGCACUUCGCGUUGCUGUCGCUGCCCAAAGCCGAUGCUGUCAAUGUCACCACAUACCGCGAGGAAUUGGAAUCUUCUCUACGUCUGGUGCACGCGGUUGCAACGGGCGCUACAGGUGCGCUCUGUGUCACAUAUCACUACGGUCGGCUUCGCGCUCCCAUGUACGCCUCCCGUUGGGACGCUGCGAGGGCUCGUGCAGACCUUGCCGCCAAUAUCCUACAUCAACUUGGCUUAGAAAACGCUGAAGUCCUUAUGGCUGUAUCUCAAGGUUUGGUUCUGGGAGGCAGUGCAACAGAGCGUGCAGUUGGUGCACGAGCUCUAGCGUUGAGAAGCGACGGCGUGGUGAACAGCGCAGUCGCCUGGGAGAGAUAUGGGACAGCAGAACCUGUGGCAGUUGUAUCGCCACAGCUUGAAAAGCCUCCUGACCCUGAAUAUCCCUGGUAUGUCUCAGCACAAGAAAGUGAAACUUUAAGAUCUCCAAAGUUCAUGCCGUCACCACCAGGAGCCACUAUGGAGGGAUGGUGGACGUAUCCAUACUACAGUUGCGAGGCUAAGCGCUGGUUGUUAUCUUACACGGUUCCUGUAUCAACAAUUCGUGGAUUAAAAGGCGUUGUUUCGUUAGACAUUGAUAUAUCUAAUUUGGAAAUAAACCAGUGCGAAGUAGAUGAUGAGUCGGAAAAUGAUAACCAAAUUUACUCGUUUCAUGGAACCCAUAAGUGCCCCAAUGAGACUACAUAUUGCGAGUACAAACCAAAUAGGGAGAUAAGUAUCCGUUUCGCCGGUUGGGCACGAGGUUCAUAUAACUGCCGAUGUAGACCCGGUUACUAUUCUAUACAUCAUCCAGAAGGGUUCAAUGGAUCAUUAGUUGAAGUUGCAUAUCAAGAAUACGAAGAAAAUGGCUUGGAGAGUAGUGGGUGGAGUGAACCGUAUGAAUGCUUGAAAUGCCAACCGGGCUGCGAUUCAUGUCGGGGACCAGAGCCUUGUCUUGCUACAUAUAAUUGGCCUUUCCGGAUAUCGUUGCUAGUGAUAUCAGUGAGCUGCGCGGUGAUGACUGUGCUACUGACGAUUUACACGCGUCAUCACCGACGAGUGAAGGUGUUCCGUGUGGCGAGCCCCGUCUUUCUCUCCAUCACUCUGCUUGGCUGCGCCAUUAUGUACAUGGAGAUGGCAGCGAUCUUCCCUGUUCUUGACAGAUAUUCUUGUAUUGCUACAAAAUGGACGCGGCACAUGGGCUUCUGUAUUACAUACACUGCUCUACUUAUGAAAACUUGGCGAGUAUCUCUAACAUAUCGCGUCAAGUCUGCACACAAGCUCAAACUGACAGAUAAACAAUUACUGCAAUGGAUGGCACCUAUUCUACUAAUUAUGUUGGUAUAUCUUGGAACAUGGACUUUAUCCGCGCCUCCAGACGCUGAAGUUAUUACAGAUAACAGAGGUCUAAAAUUCAAACAAUGUACAUACAAUUGGUGGGACCACAGUUUAGCUAUAGGAGAAAUUCUUUUCCUGCUUUGGGGCGUGCGCGUGUGCUAUCGCGUGAGACACGCUGAGAGCCUCUACAACGAAGCUCGACUCAUCUCUAUCGCGAUCUACAACAUAUUUACCGUCAAUUCCCUCAUGAUUGCGUUCCACUUAUUGAUACUACCACGAGCCGGCCCGGAUAUAAAAUAUUUAUUGGGAUUCAUACGAACACAACUGUCCACCUCAACUACAGUCUUGUUAGUGUUCCUGCCUAAAGUUUUACGCGUAGUGCGUGGGACAGGAGACACAUGGGACAGUAGGGCGCGCGCUCGAGGCGUGCCAGCAUCCUCCUCCCUCAACGGGAUCGGUCUCGUUCCGGAUGAACCUCCCGAUCUCUUCCAGGAGAAUGAGGAAUUAAAGGAGGAAGUACAGAAAUUAGCAGCUCAGAUAGAGUUUAUGAAGAUAGUGCAAAUGGAAAUGCACAACCGUCACCUGCGGCCGCGGCCCGGCGGCUACUUCACCGCUAAUGCGACGAAUGUGCCGCAGAGCCCUAUGCAUGCUAAGACUGUUAAUAUUUCACAAGAAAACACAGAUUGGUCAGGUCCCGUG